AUGUGGUUCACAGCUCUCGUUUUCAGCAUUCUGAGCAUUGCAAUCGCGACUCUGCCGUUUCGAUCUACCAACCAUCUCACGCCUUCAAAAUUCAGCAAGAGCAUCUAUCAUUGGCUCUUCAAAUCCGAACUACCAGCUACGACAUCAGAACAGCAUUUUCCAUUUCUGAAGCUUCCACCAGAAAUACGACUUCAAAUCUACCGCUACGCUCUACCUCAACGGCAAACGAUCAUUCUUACCAAACCUUCCGCACCACAAUGUCCAUUUCCGCAAAGAUCGCCUUUACCCGCCUUUGUACCGGCCAUCUUGCUCAGGCUUCAUUCUGGUUGUCCUUGUCAAACGAGAUUGACACCGCCAUUCCUGCCGAUUCUCCAAGUCUCACGUUUGCUACGACGUGAAGCUCAACCUUUGUUCUACAGUAACAACGCCUUUGUGUUGAACAUCGAUAUGCCACAAACACUUCUCCGCAUCCCCAAUCUCCUCGACAUCUUCCAAAACGGCAUGAUGGAUGGUGGAGAAAUCCUUGAUCUGGUAAAAGACUUCAGAAUCAGAGUCGGUGGAAACGUCAUGGUGGAUGUUUGUGGAAACCCAAACAGGUGGAAGAAAUAUGGUGGCAGAGUUUUGGUUGCUACAAUGCCUUCGGAUGAGAUUACAGGAAUGUUGAGGAGUGAGGAAAAUAUAGCAAAGUGUGUAGGCAAGGUGCUCCAAGGUGUUGGGGAGGAUGGCGGCGUCAACGUUGAUGUGGUGAGGAAGAUUUUGGACGAGGUGUUUUGGAAUUGGGAAGAAAAGGCUUGA